AUGAACAUUGUGGACGAUUUUCUCACUUGGGGGGGAGGUACUGCCCUGACCCACCAGCUUCUAACUGACUCGAUCAUGAUGAAAGACUUGCUGUUCAAGUUCCGUCCAGACUUCCCCUUCGAACGUCCCACAAGCUCUAUCCCAGCCUCUUGGUACAUCAGCCCCAAGCAGACUUUCGGGGAACUGGUUGUGUGGAAUCUCUUCUUCUGGACGCUGACUUACGUGAUCUUCAUGGUAUUGGCGAGCUUGCUGUGGGUACUCUACUAUAAGUACCUCACCAACACGGUCGUCUACAUCCUCCAGCCCUGCCACCUCGUCUCCAUCAUGCUAGUCUAUCUCUUCUGGUGCAGGGACAUCGCGCACGGCUCGCUAAUCUUCUCCAUGUUCACGCACAUGAAUGUUGGGACGCUCCUCGCCCUCGUCGUUCCCCUUCAAGAAGGGACUGUUUGCUGUCACGUGUCCAUCCUCGUCGGCAACAACAUCAACUACAUGAUGAGUCCUCCCAAGGGGCCCCUGCUCUGGUUUGGCGAUCACUACAGAUCAAUCCAAACGUUCGGAACCUACCUCCUCCUCCUCCUUCCCGCCCCCACCAUCUUCGUCAUUUGUAUCCUCCUCGUCUCCUCCGCUCACUCCAGCUCAGGGCUGCUGUUCCCUGCCAUGGUGGACUUGGCAAAGAGGAUGUCGGGGAAGUGGAGAAGACAGAAGUCAGCGUGA